AUGGAGUGGCCGGCAGCAAGGCUCGUGCUCGUCCUCGUCACUUUGCUCACGCCCUGGAGCAGCGCCAUCGCCGUUGCAUCACCGCCGGUAGUGGCCUCGGUGGCGCCGGUGCGGGUGGGCGUGGUGCUGGACCUGACGAGUCACGUGGGGAGGGAGAGGCGCGCCUGCAUUUCCACGGCCCUGGACGACUUCGACGCCGCUCACCCCAGCUCAUACGGCGCGCGGGUCGAGCUGGUCGUACGGGACUCGCGCGGGGAUCUCGCCAUGGCAGCACAUGCUGCCGAUGACCUGCUCAAGAAUGGGCAAGUGCAAGCCAUCAUAUGGGGCCCUGAGGAACUGACCAAAGCGGAUCGUGCUGCACACCUGCGCCGCCACCGCAACCACAUUCCGGUUAUCUCCUUCUCUAGCAUUAUUUCCCCAGCAUCGUGUGCCUUCUGGCUGGAAGAUCUAACAGCUCCUGGAAGCUAUGCCAAGUUUGGCUUUACACAUGGAAGUGACAACAUAACCUUUCCUAAUCCAGAAACCGGUAGAACAUACAGAAGAAAACUAGAUACACGAAACUCAAGGAAGAGUUGCAGAAGCAAGGCAGGGCUGAAUAUAGCCGUGCCGCUAAAACUAGGUUUUCAAGUUUUUGUAAAUGUUACCGAUCCUUAUUCCGAGAAACAAAAUGUCACUGGCUACAGCAUUGAUAUCUUCGAGGCUGCUAUGAUGAAUUUACAUCCUCUCCCGUGCUAUGAAUAUUUGGUCUUCAAUGGUACUUAUGAUGAGCUAGUAGACAACGUGUCUUUGGGGGUCUAUGAUGGUGCAGUAGGCGAUGUGACCAUAACGGCUGAACGAGUCACCACCACCGACUUUACAAUGCCAUACACACAGUCUGGUGUGUCUAUGCUUGUGCUUGCCGAGGAUGAACCGGAUACAAUCCGCUGGACAUUUGUAAAGCCACUAACUCGGAAGCUCUGGUUGGCAACCGUGGUCUUUUUCUUCUAUACUGGCUUUGUCGUGUGGAUGAUUGAACUACCUAGAAAUCAGGAGUACCAAGGAUCAAGUUUGAGACAGUGUAGCACCGCCCUCUACUUUGUUUUCUCCACUUUGACAUUUUCUCAUGGUCAUACUAUUAAAAGCCCCUUGUCAAAAAUUGUUGUGGUGAUAUGGUGCUUUGUAGUGCUGAUUCUUGUCCAGAGCUACACAGCAAGCCUGUCAUCCAUUUUGACUGCAAAGAGACUCCGUCCUUGGAUGACAGAUUUUGACCAACUCCGGCACAGUGGUGACUUUGUAGGAUACCAAGAUGAUUCAUUUGUGCGGUCGUUCUUGAUGAAUCAUAACAUCAGUGAAAGCAGGUUAAGGAACUACACCACGAAAGAAGAAUAUGCUGAUGCUUUGUGGAAGGGGUCCAAUAAUGGAGGGGUGUCAGCUAUCGUCGAUGAGAUCCCCUAUUUGACUUCUUUCCUCUCAGACCGUCGGUAUGGAAAUGAUUUUAGGAUGCUCGGGUGCAUUUACAAGACUCCUGGAUUUGGUUUUGCAUUUAAUCUAGGUUCUCCGCUAGUUCAUAAUCUUUCGACUGCCAUCCUGAACCUAGCAGGAGGGGAUGAGGGAUCACGAAUCGAAGUGAAAUGGUUUGGCACAAAUUCAUCGCCGAUACGUGCUGGCACAAUCCCAGACACUGAUUCCGCGCCUCUCACUUUAGAAAGUUUCUCUGGUCUCUUCGUCAUCACGGGAUCCAUUUCAACUCUCAUGUUGCUGAUAAGCAUUAUGAGAUUUAUUUAUGCCAAAUGCAUUGAGUUGAGAAGGGCUGAUGUGGAAAGUGUCAGCUACACUGGCACCGACGAUGACGAUGAGUCUCGUCUGUUGCAGAAUGGCAUAGGUGGCAACCCUAGCCCUGAUCAACAACCAUUACAUGAAGCUGGCAAUAAUCAUUCCGGGGGUGUCCAUAUGAGUGGCGAAAAUGCUGGGGACACAGAGCCUGAUCCAGUGCAGCAGAAUGGCAUGCAUGGUGGCUCUGUCCCUGCAGGACACACUCAGAUUGAGAUGUGCGAUGUCUAA